AUGCCACGACUUGGCGAUUCGUACAAGAAAUGGGACGACUUGGAACUCAGCGAUGACAGCGAUAUCGAGACUCAUCCCAAUAUCGACACAAAGUCGAUGAUCAGAUGGCGACAACGACAGAUCCACGAGAAGCGAGAGGAGCGCAAGCAGAACAUUGCCAAGCUGACAGCAGAGAUCAAACUCAACGAUACCCUCAAAGACCGUCUCGAAGCCAUUCGCAGCGAGGCGACGACAUUUGAUGCCUUCAGACACGCGAUGCAAGCGCUCGACGCAAAAGUACCAAAACCUAUGACGGACCCCAAGAAAGCUACUCCGAGCCACGACGAGAUGAUCAUGACUCUCUUGAUGACUGUUGCCGGUCAAGCUGCAAUCUCGCCCGAGAGCGACAGAGACGAAGCUGUAAAAUCUCAACUAGCUUACCAUCUUGGCGAGUUAGACAAGCGAACGGAGCAAGCCAAGAUCGAGCUGGCAGCCGAAGAGAAGGAGAGCAAGAAGCACAUCACCUCUGAAGACCUGCAUGAAGGUUUCGCUGCGGGAUCUGUGAACAAGACGCCAAGCGCUCAACCCAUAGACCCUCCCAAGCCAAGCGUAAACAAAGGCAAGAGCAAGGAAAUAGAGGUCAUCAACUCGCCUGCAGUAGCACAGGCACAAGCAGCCCAAGAAGCCGACGACACCGAUCUGGAAGAGCUAUCGAGCACAGCCAGGGCAUUCAGUCAGAUCAAGAUGGGCGACUGGACAUCAUCGUACCGGGCUAUCUCUCAAGCGGGGUCCGAGCUACUCAAAGAUUCGGUCGUCGACGCCAUGUUGCUCGAAGCGUUCCAAUUGGGCAUGGCAGGUAAGAAGCAGGCCUGCAUGAAUUGCACCAAUCAAGCCCUGAUGAUACAAUACUGCGGCAAACUCGGUCGUGAUGGUGUCAGCCUCUUCUUCAAGAAAAUGCGCGAGAAUGUGCAAAAAGCUCAGUCUGUCUUUCUGGCGGACGUGAAGGAAACUUUUGAGCGGUUAUGGGCGAGAUCGCAAGUCGUUGCAGAGGAGCAAAGGACAGGUGGCGAAGAAGUGAUCCAGCUCGUUGCAGAGAAUCCAGACACGGUCAUCUCGUUCGAUGUCCCGCAAGGUCCGCCACCCGAAAAGCUCGUCCUGGAAGGCGAAGGAACAGAAGACCUCGAUGUCGAGGAUGUGAGGAAGUAUCUCCAGCGAAAGUGGGACAUCUGGCAGACCUUGGCGCCCGCGCUGCAAGAAGCUCUCAAGACUGGCUCGCUCGAUCAAGUCAACGUCGUGCUGGGCAAAAUGCCCGUGCCUGAGGCAGAACGCGCCGUACAAGUACUCGACGAAGGAAAUAUUCUCAACUUUCGCUCGUCAGAGAUUCUCGAUCAGACUAUGGAAAGCAACUAG